GACGCUGUUUAUGAACAGUUUCGUGUGAGAGCUUUUCUUAUUACAGGGCAACAAAGGGUAAAUGUGCUGGAAGAAGAAACUAAACUCGCAAGAUGGUGUAUGAUAGUAUUUUACAACUAAUCUUUCCCUUUUCGUACCGGACUACGUGGUUCGAUUUUUGGAAUAUAUAUGCGUUGUUAACAACACAAAUGCUAGCACAUCGUGUUCUUCCUCCUCACACAUUCACUGAUCCUGACUUGUGUGCCGUUGUUUUAGAUCUUUUCUGCUUCCAAAUAAACGUGGGUGACACGUGCUACAGUGGUAGCUGUUUAGCCAUGAUUUUUCAAAUUAAGGCAGUUACUUUGUGUUGGGCAAUUCAUUCACAGUGAUAUUUAUUGAUAAUAACAAUUUGUAACUAGGAACUACUUCAGAAACAGCGCUACACACAAUAAUUUCGGUAUACAAAGUGACAUACUGUUCUGCCGAUUUCACUAGACGUGUUUCUAUCCCGAGGGUUUUGGAAUAUCCAUCGGUCUUGUGACUGUCUAUUAAGGAGGCAAAUCAUUGUUCUGAAUAAGUUUUCUCGUACACAAUUAGCUGUGAAAUAUCUGAAUGAGUGACAUACAAUAGCCUAAGUGUACUACGCGUUGGUAGCGAUCUAUUUUGCUUUGUGGAAGUAAGACGUCUCAUUUAAAAAUUGGACAUAAGUCUGGUCGAAGAAUUGCCCAUUCAUAGUUCCGAGGUUAGACGUAAUGUAUCCAGAGUUUGUAUUAUUCAUUUCCAAACAUCAACAAAUUCCAUGGGUCACCAUUCAUUUGUUAUCCAGAUUGUAGGUAAAAGUUUACUUGGGACCACACUGGUUAGUUUGGGUAUCAGUCAUAUUUCAGCAUUGUUACAACUAACUACUGUACCACGUACUUCAACGACAAAUCCUGUCCAGUAUCGCAGGUAUCCUGAAUCUGCAUUAUGCAAGAACAACUUAUGAAGAAACAUUAAAUCCAAUAGCGCUAAAUUUGUGACGCUAAGGUAUCCUAAAACCCAAGAAGACUAUAAUCUCACUGAACUCCAUAGAUAUCAAACAGGUUCUGAUUUUCCCUCAUCAAAUGACCGACAAUAAUCACCCUGACCAUUCAGAAAGUAUACGAGAAACACCCAGGAAUAAUGAAGAUACCUUCCCAGGCUUUGUUUCACCAUUUAGUAUAUUCUCAGAUCGUCCAUCAACUUCUGCAUUUGCUAAUAUUGGACAAAUCGAACCUACACAUCCUCCAAUAGAGCAAAAUCAACGGCCAAGAACUUUAGGCGAAACUCUAGGCAUCAGUUUGGAAAUGUCGUCGUCACCAUUUCAUCAAAAUCAAGCACCAUCGUCUACUUCAUUUAAUGAAUUUAAAUUUCCUGCUGAUACUGAAGGAAAAGAUUUGAACUCAAACAUCUUUGGUUCUCAAGGAAAAGAGUCUCCAGACGACAUUGCAGAUCGUGAAUUGGUUAUAUUUCGUCGACCAACCAAUAUAUCUUCCGGAGAAUCGUUUGUUGACGAUUUGCCGGAUGAAUUCUUUGAACACACUGAAGAAGAUAUACGUAAAUUAAUGCGUUCAUAUCGUAAUGAAUGGGCGGAACAUCAACCUCUUCAAACAUCGACUAUGCGUUCAGAAGCUCGUCAUAAAUCCUAUUCUAAAUAUUGUCGAGCUAUUAUUCAAUUUCACUGGGUUGAUAAUCUUAUCGUUCAAGCAUGUUUCCUUCCUACUGAAAAAGUGUCAGCAUUAUAUAAAUUUAUUCGUGAGCUGCAAAAUUCUACUUGUGAUUUUAAACUAUAUACUACUCCGCCUAAAUUGUUUCUAUCUGAUACAAAUAUGACAUUGAUUGAAGCUGAUUUAGUACCUUUAUCAAAAGUAUUUUAUCAUCCUACUGACAUACCAGCUGAUAAUGUUCUGAGAUCAGAUAUAUUAGAUAAAGCCAAUGAAGAGAAUCUUAUUAAAGCUCAGUCAAUUGUUACUUACUGGAUGAAAAAAUCACCAUCCGACAACUCAAUUCAAAACAGUUCGUCUCAAAGUGAUAUUGACACUCAGAAAAACUUAAGACGCACUGAUAGACCUGCUUCUAAUUCAUGCAGUGUACCAAAGUGGCUGAAAUUAAAAAAGUGAAUUCAAUGAACCGUUUUAUUCUGCAUAAAGUACAAAUGCUUCGUCUGACGUUCGAUUAUCCUCUUUGGAGGGUAUAGAAAAUUCCAGUGCUUUGCACUGUAUUUUACGAAUUCCGUUUGCUUUUCUUUGGAGAGAUGCUUACAGUGUACUUUUUUAUUUUGACAUUGUUGAAAAUAAAUGACUCCUAAUGC